GCUGAUGUAAUAAUGUGUGAUGAUGUCAUAAUGUGUGAUGAUGUCAUAUUGUGUGUGAUGUCACCAUAAUGCAACAGAGUGUGAUGAUGUCACACUAGGGGGUUAUUUAGAAACAAAAGUUACUUCUAUUUAAUAAAUACCGCAUCGGUGCGACACAAUACUCAUUGUUUUCGGGAUCAUUACAACAAUGGCCAUUAUAUAUUAACAGUUGUGUUUGUUACAUGCUUGUGUCUAAAGCACAGGACGUUUGGUUGCAUGAACUUAAAACUCCCCGAAUGUUUACCUUAGUUUAAGAUCUCCAUAUGAUUUCCCACCAUUUUUAAAUCAGAUGAGAAGAAGGCUUUAAUCCAUGGCGCCCUCUAUAACUCUCUCGCUUUAAUCCUUUGCAAACAGAGAUCUUGUAUAACAAAGACGUUUAUAUCUCUGCCAAGUUGCAAAAUAUUAAUAUUUAUUGGUUUAAUUAGUAAAUAUUGUUAAACUAGAUUUAAAUAUGAUAUGAGUAACACUGUUGCAGAAGUGUCUAUUGUUUAUACGACAUUUGUGUUUAAAUCAUGAUCACAUCAUAGUUUUGACAAUAUAACCUUUGAUUUAGUAACAGAUGACGACCUAUGUUGAUUUAUCUUACACUCCCUAUUUGUUUACCUUCUUUUAGAUCUCUAUGAAAUUUCCCGCCAAUAUUAAUUCAUAUGAGAUCUGGGUUUUAAAUUGUCGGACAUAGAUAUCUUCAAAAACAUUAACUAUUUUUUCUGUUAAAAUGGCGUGUUUGGUUUUGAGGACAAAGUUUAUGAAAUUUAUUCUUUUAUUUAGAGAUUAUUAUAUUAUUAUAAUUAAAAAUGGCUGAAACUGAAGCUGACGGUUUGAAUAUGAGCGACAAUCUGAUUAACUUCUCGUCAAUUUGCGAAGAUUUAAGGAAAAUCAUGUCAAAAGUUGUCGAUUUAAAAAGUGAGGGAAAAGACGCGAAAAACGAGAUAAUUGAACUACGUAUGAAGGGUUCUUUUCAUUUCCUAUCAUUGAAGCAAUUAAACCGAUGUUCGCAAAUCAAAUGUAAACAAAUGAAGGAUCAAACACUUGAGACGAAGCAAAAAUUGGACACGUACAACUUGCAACUGGAGAAUCUACAGUAUGAAAUAAGCCAUUUACACAAAGAAAUAACAAAGUGUUUAGAAUUCAGGUCGCGACACGAUGACAUCACCCUUGUGUCGGUUAAAGAUUUCUAUGAGCAAGCGCCAACCUCGAUAUCUAAACCUGGCACGACAAAGAGCAACGAACACAAUCGAACAUUGGCGAGACUGGAUCAUGAAUUGCUGCAACGAAAAACACUGGCUGGUGAACUUGGAAAACUGAAGGAAAACAAAAGGAAAGUUGUUGAGGAAAUAGGGAAGAAGAAACAACAUUUGCAAAUAUUGGCGCCAGCUUUACAAAGUCUUUUGAAAAGUUCGCUCCCGUUACAAGAAGUUUUGGACUUGCCGAUAAGUAAAACACAGAAACAACAUAAAACUUCGCAGUUGCUGCCUCGACCAUUGUUUGUGCUUUUUCUGCAAGCAAAGGCUUUCCAGGAGGCUUGUGACCCCAACAUGGAGGUUGAUAUCCACGGUGACACUGAUGCUGCGGUGAAGUUGUUCGAGGAUAAAACAUCGGGGGGUCGGGUUAUUGAUGCUACUGGGGGGGUGGGGUCGGGGGGAGAGUCCGAUUCCGAGGGUGAAGAUAUGGAGGAACAAGACACAGCGCGACGCAGAAACCGAAAGAAAGAAAUGUCAACGGAUCUUCCAACUACUGGUGUUUACUCCCCGCACCCCCUCGUGGUUUCAAUCAAGUUGUUUAAUAAUGCAGGUGUUGACAUCGAACUAACAUUUUCGUUUCUACCAAAACUUAAUUUUGUUUGCGUUAAAUCAUCAACAACGUCGACGUCGUCGAGUAAAAUGUCUGAGGUUUUACAAAGCCCCAUCCUCGGAACCAACAACCUUCUACAAUGUCUGGGUGAGGGGGCUGACUGGGGAACCACCUGCCCCAACCCCACCCCCAUGUCACCCAACAUGGAGAUGAUAUACGGGGUGGGUCGUCCGUAUAUGUGGGUUCAACGCUUGUGCGGGGUGGAUUGUAUGGGGGGGAACUUGAGGGGUGAAGACAUGAACACGAGUUCCACUCACAUGGAUGGGUUGAUGAAACAAAUUCGAUCACGCGUUGCAUCGAAGGUGGGUCUUGUACAACAAGUGGAACGAUUCCAACGACAAUUUAUUCAACGAGACAUUCAAAUAUCGACGACCCUUCCUGAUAAGAUCCACACCACGUUAUCCUCAUGGGCAGCCGUCGAGUACGAUGUUUAUUCCUCCCUCGAAUACACUCGGCCGGUGGUUGAACUGGGUCUGCUAGGUGGCGACGUCGAGGCUCACUCUUAUUACGUCACAAAGUUACGUCGUGGUUCAUCGGUCGAACUUAACGCAGCCAUUGUGGUUUUUGUCGACCACCCUGUACAACCCCCUCUAGUGUGCUUAUGCUUAGAAUGGAUGGGACGUAGGACGGCAACGAACGAUGAUAAUAUAAGGACAAUGGAAAUAGAAAUCAACGUCAAUCUUCCAAAGUUGGUGGAAAAUUUGGACGAAAUUUUGCCGUCCCAAGUUUUAAGGUUAAUGUCAAUGUUAGAAAUCUAUGUUGAAACUGAAUCGGAAACCAAACAUCCAAUUGAGUUUCCGAUGGACAAAUUUUGUUCAAAAAAAUUUAAAGGACCCAGUCGCAUGAAACCAUUUGUGUAUAUGACGUCAUCAAAGCAAUUAAGUCAUUAAAAUGUUAACUAUGAAUAAAAUGAACUUUGGUGUGCUGAGUAUUGAA